AUGAAUGAUUGUGGAUUCUGCAUUGUUUUAGACCAUCUCUACAUUUCCAAUAUUUUUAGUGUAACAAGGCCAAAUAUAGAAAAGAAAAACAUAAAAUUGAUCAUCAGUUUGACCAGAGACACUCCAACAUUUGAGUUUGACGGAGUCAAGGUGCUAAAAUUCGAGAUUGAUGAUGACAUGUCUACGAAUAUCAAAACUCUCUUCCACCAGUGUACUGAUGAGAUAAAAGCAACAAUUGAUACAGGUGGCAAUGUAUUAGUGCACUGCAUUGCUGGAGUAAGUAGAUCAGCAACAAUUUGUCUGGCAUACUUACUGAAACAUCAGCACAUGACUCUGUUAGAUGCCUACAACCAUUUGAAAAAAUGCAGACCUUUAAUUCGACCUAACAGCAAUUUUUUUCAGCAGUUAAUUGCUUUUGAAGCUGAAUUAAAUGAUGGCAAAACGACAGUAAAGAUGAUAGAUGGUGAUUUUGGAUACAUUCCUGAUGUAUAUAAAAUUUCUUCUGAUUCUUAUGGUUUGUUGAAAAUUGUUCUUGAUAUUUUUUGA